CAGGCGGCAACCGCGGCGGGAGCCGCUCAUUCAUUCAUCCUGUGCAGGUCCCCGCGAGGCAUCCCGUGUCGGCUGGCCGCCCUGCAAAGCCACGCUGACCUCCAGCCGCCAGAGAGGCGAAGGGGCAGCUUUCCCGGCGGCGGAUCCACUGGCGAGCCAAGCGGGCUGGAGGCAGAUGGGCCGCUCUGGGCUCCCCAUCGCAGGGGGAAAAAAAGUCCUCUUAAGAGCCGCUAAGGAGCACAGAUAUCUUGAUUAGAGGAGGCCUGAAAUUUUUGAAAGCAGCCUUAAAGUGGAGCAGUACAAAAUGAACAGCAAAGCUCAGUAUACAAGAUGCAAAGGGCAGUCGAAGUGAAGCAAGAGGGCCUGAAAAUGUCUGCGUGCAAUGAAUUUGUGGAACACGUCUGGAAGCCUGGCUCCUGCAAAAACUGCUUCUGCCCCAGAAACUUCCAUCAACUGCAGACACCACCCCUUGACCUGGGAGGUAGCCGUGGAUUCCUACAAGAUCUGAAUGGAAGCGGAGCCAAAGUGGAGAGUACGCCUCUGGAAGAUGAAGGAGUAAUUUCCUUGCUCUACUCAAAGCCAACAAUUGCUGUUAAACCAACAAUGAUAAAUUCUGAUGUCUCUGACGUGUGGGCAGAUGCGAACCUGAAUGCAGAUAACCCACAGGUCAGCAAGAGGGUGGCAUUCAGAAAACACAUCUUGAUGAAAUCUGGAGAAGAUCAAAGAGCAUACAUUAACGAUUUCAGCAACAGUGUUGUAAGGAAGCCUGUCAUUCAGAAUUCUUCAAAUGAUUGCAGCUCAAGCAUUCAUCAAGGCCUAUCAUUGCUCAGCCAGUUUGAUGUUGAAAGCAAGGCAGAAAGAAAUAACUCCUUCAGGAAUAUGACAUUUCUAGGUGAUGUGGGUACGCAUGAGGAUGGCAUUGAAGUGCCCGGCAAGGAGACAUUGGCUUUGCCAUAUUUGGGGAUUUGUCACACAUCGUCCAUGGUCAGUGACCAGUGUGUAGGCUCUGCCAUGGGCUCUGAGAGGUAUCCUCCCAUCCACCAAAGAGGAGAACUAUCACUUUCAGAGAAAGCCGGUUUAUCUUGUUCCCCUGACGUAGAAAGUGAAGGUGGGGAAUACUGCUCUAUUGCAGAGUGUUGCGGACAGAGUGCUGUUCACAAGAGCUUUGACAAUACCAUGGUCAAAGUGCCAUGGCUUAAAAAUGAAAACCCUCCUUCAGAGACCCCAGGUCAGGAUGCUGCAGUGAAUGCAGGAACCCAGUCAUGCGAAGUGAAUAUCAGUGAAGGGGAAAUCAGGAUCUCGAGUUCAGAUUUAGGUUUGCAAAAGGGGACUCGUCCUCCACACGAGUACAUAUAUAACCACUUAUGCCCAGAAACAGACACAGUAAUAUUUCCUUCGGACACUGAACUAAAAAGCAGAAAGCCUUUUGAUUUGCCCCAGGGAAAUUAUUGCCGUCCUCAGGUCAAGGAAUUCAAACAAACUGAAAAGAAGGCUGUAGAAAAUGUAAGCAAUUUUGCUGAGCAAGAGUUUUCUUCUCAAGUGGACCGUCAGAAUGAGCCUAUCUACGCUGAGAGUACAAAAAAGAAAAAGGCCCAGCUAAAUAAUUCCAGUAUGCAUGCCAAAAAUGCUGCCUCGGCAUACAGCCCAUGCAGAGAUCAAGAGGAUGGGCUCUGGGGAAAGCGGACCUCCCACGUGAGCAGUGACAGAGAGUUUCCAGACUCUGCCUCACAGGUAGCAGCUACUAUUACCAUUAUGGCCGCCCAUGCAGAAGACGAUAACCGGACGAUCUUUCUGAGCAGCCCAGACUCUGCUGUUGGGGUGCAAUGGCCCUGUGUUAGUCCUACUUCUGAUCAGGAAAGCGCCAAGACAUCGCCUUUUUUUGAGUUGCUUCAAGCAGGCAGUGAGACGAGCACAAGGGUCAACAGUCCAGGUCUUGAGUCCCAAAUAGCUAGCAAGAAACUCAUUGGCGAGAGUCCUGCCAUUCCCCCAAAGAUGAAUAAAGGGAGCCCCCCCAGAACAGAAGGGUCCUUCACACAAUCAGUCAGUCGUGCUGCAGAGACCUCUGACAGCAAUGGCCACGAAGAUGUCGCUGUUCUGAGCCAUGGUGGGUUUGGACCCUCAACCUCCCUGGGAACAUCUGUGAACAGACUCUCUCUAGAGGAGUCUACUACUAAAGGGCUGCCAUCCUCAGGUUCGGAGAGACGGCAAAAGUACUUCAAUCUGGCCUGGAAGAAGCAGUGCAGGAUAGAAGAAGAGGAGGAGGAAGAGCACGGGCUCUUGAAAAGUCCUUCGGAGGUAGAAAUGGAGAGUGGGGCAAUUAGAUCUUCAAGUAUUUCUGAAUGCCAUCGGGGAGGAAAUUGCUCUGUUCAAGAUGGCAGGACUAGAGGAAUAAGCAAAUCAGCAUCUUUUGCUUUUGAGUUCCCUAAGGAGAAGAAUGGAAUUGAGGGAUUCGCACCACCUCCUCCACCUCCAAAGAAACAAUCCAGGCAUUUUCUAAAAAUGAACCAAAGUAAUUCUGAACUGGAAAAGCUCAACAGUGAUUCUACAGAAAACCUCACACCUCCUUUCCAAGGAAUUCAUGUCACUUUCACAGCCGGCUCUACAGACAGUUUGAAUUUGGACACAAAUAUGCUCAGUAAUGGAGGACAGCCGUGCAACACGAAUCUUCGUUCGCCUACCUGUACUGGGAAGCAGAUCUUUGCCUUGCCUCCUUUCCCUGCCUGUUCCAGCAAAGAGAGGCCAGCCUGCAAACCCUUACAGCCACCUCCUCUGCCACAGAAGAAAACUGUCAGCCGAGCUGUUUCCUCCCCAGAUGGUUUUUAUUGGGGCCCAGCCUCUCCAGCGAGAGCUGUGGUUCCCACAAGCCCCAAGUUGAACUUCAGUCAGUCGGAAAGUAAUGUCUGCAUCCGUGAAGAAUCUCUGUUUGGUUCUAACCUGGGGGUUAACCACCAGGCGUUUUCUUCCUCCGAAUCCCUUGAGAAAGCUUUCAAAGGAACUGAUUUCCCAUUUCCAUGUUUGGGUAGUAAGAACAGCAACACCUGCUGUAGCCAAAGCAAAAACCGGCCGUCUCAUUCUUCCUCCCAGCCCAGCAUGUCCACCCAGGUGUCCUCAGGCUCCAGCCUUCAGCUCCACAACCUCCUCAGCAAUAUUGACAACAAGGAGGGGGUGUACGCCAAACUAGGCGGGCUGUACGCAGAAUCCUUGCGCCGCCUGGUCUCCAAGUGUGAAGACUAUUUUAUGCGCGACCAGAAGAGCGAGUUGCAUUUCAGUGAGAACAACUGGUCGCUUUUCAAGCUGACGUGUAACAAGCCUUGCUGUGAUUCAGGGGAUGCCAUAUAUUACUGUGCAACCUGCUCCAAGGAUCCCUUGAGCACUUAUGCGGUGAAGAUCUGUAAAUCCCAAGACACCAAAGCGGCCACGUCCUGCUGCAGCCCUUCGGUCCCCAUUCACUUCAACAUCCAGCAGGACUGCGGCCAUUUUGUCGCCUCCGUGCCCUCCAGCAUGUUGAGAAACGUUCCCGCGGAGAGCCAGGGCUCCUCCCGGGCCGCUGCCACCACAGAGCAAGACUGUGUGGUCGUCAUUACCCGCGAGGUGCCCUACCAGACGGCUGCCGACUUUGUGAGGGACGCUGGGUCUUUGCACAAAGCAAAGCCGGAGCUGUAUGAGAGGCGGGUGUGUUUUUUGCUCCUUCAGCUCUGCAACGGGCUGGAGCACCUCAAAGAGUACAGUGUCAUCCACAGAGACCUCUGCCUAGAGAAUUUGCUGCUGGUGCACUGCAAACCUCUUCCUGGCUGCAGUAAAACCAAAGAGGAAAAGCACCUGCCCCGGCUCAUCAUCAGCAACUUUUUGAAAGCCAAGCAGAAGCCAGGGACAACUGAGUCUAAAGGGAAAAAGAAUCAAGCCCGGCUGGCUCCGGAGAUUGUCUCUGCUUCCCAAUACAGAAAGUUUGACGAGUUCCAAACUGGCAUCCUUAUCUAUGAGCUGCUGCACCAGCCCAACCCCUUUGAGGUGAAGGCCCACCUCCGAGAACAAGGGUACAGCCAGGAGGAUCUCCCCCCGCUUCCCAACUUUUCCAUUUAUUCCCGGGGGCUCCAGCAGCUGGCUCACUUGCUGCUCGAAGCCGACCCCAUCAAGCGCAUCCGCAUCGUGGAGGCCAAGCGGAUCCUGCAGUGUCUUCUGUGGGGUCCCCGGAAAGACUUGACGGACCAGCUGUGCAACCACGAGGAAGCUCUCCACGGGGCGCUUCGCAACUGGAUCGAUAUGAAGCGGGCGUUGCUCAUGAUGAAGUUUGCCGAAAGGGCGGUGGAUGCCGAGCGGAAGGUAGAGCUGGAAGAUUGGCUCUGCUGUCAGUAUUUGGCCUCUGCGGAUCCGGCCUCUCUGUCUAAGUCCCUGACUCUUCUUCAGUUGCUUUGAUUUGCACAGAGUUUCACAACAAGGCGUCCGUUUCCAAGAGAAAUUGCACUAGAGUUUUCUUGGAGAAACACUGUGGGGGAAAUGGUGCACAUCUCGAAACCCGUUUACGAAAUGACCGUGGAGUAAAACUGAUUCAUGUUUCGUAUACAAACAGGUUAAAAAAAAAGAAGCAAAAGCAAAAGCCUGUGGCUGUUCUUAGGAUAAGCAUUAUUGUGAGUGUUAUAAAAUUACCAAGCAGUGCGCCUGGAAUCCAACACCAAAUGGAUUGCAUUCUAGGGAACUGCAAGGAAUUUUUUUAAAAAUGUGGGUUUUUUUUUUCCUGUUUUGGAAGAUUUUGUUUUGGUAAGAUUUUUUUUUUAACUGUUCAUAGUAAAUGUGACCGUUCUUGGAACAACAGUAUAUGCACUGAAAAAUAUCUGUACAUUAAAAAAAAUAAGAAAUCCUAAUGUUCUCUCCCACCUCCCAAAGGACAGACUUUUAGGCAGGGUACUGUGAAUAAAAGCAGGCAGUUACAGCCACCUGACUCCACCCUGGUUUUGCCCGCUUGAGUCCCUCCUUUCAGCCCUGCUCUUAACGCCACCCUGUCCAUUUGAGUGCAUUGGAUGCAAGAAUGUGAGGGAAGGGUGGAGCCUUGAGCACUGGGAGAAAUGGAAGUGAUGGAACAAAAAGAAAUGGGUGUUUGACACCUAGCUUCAGAACUGUGUUCUUGCAUGUCUGGGUAAACACCUCUUUUCUCCCCCAUUUUAAAAAAUCCCACCCCUUAAACCUCUGUAGCCUCUGCUGCUGUGAAUAGACAUUGUCCAGAGCUGUGAAUUAAUUUCCUGAUUCAUCUCUCUCUCCCCCCCAUCACACACACAGAGUGUUAUACAUUGCAUCCUGUGAACUAGAAAGAAGGAGUCCUCUGCUCUGAGCUGUGUCCAGACAAAUCUGUUAAGUUCUGUUUCAUGCAGCUUCUCAUUUUUCCAACCUGAAGUUUCAUUUUGUCCUUUUCUUUGAUUGAUUUGCAGUUUUUUAAAAAAAAAAAAGACCUCAAAAAAACCAUCUAUGCAUUUUCAUGUGUAUUUCUCCGAAUACAUGCGUAUCUGCAUACUUCUGCAUAUCUGCAUACUUCUCGUACGCAUACCUGUGCAAACAAAUUUCCCCUAAUCUGUUUUACUUCCCCUCCCCUCCUUAAUAUGUGCAGUUUUUAUUUGGGGAACUUCAACACCAAAUGGGAAAAGUAGACCUCAAGGUGUAAUUGUAUUUCAGUUUGCACGUCGGUUCAGAAAUACAAAUUAUAUACAUUCAAUUUCCCUCACUGAGUUUUUGGAGGGUCAAAACGAACAUGCUGCAGAAUGACACACAUUUCCAAGGAGGCAGAUGUCAGACUCUCCCCUCAGAUAUUGGGGUUGCCAGCAAAAAAAGGUUUGCUUUUCACUCCAGUGGUGUCCCUUAUUUUUAUUAGCGGUUGUCUGUUAUAUGCUUAUCCUGCUUUUCUUUCACAAGUGAAGGGUAUUAAUCAGAGAUGUUUCAUAAGACACAUUUUCCUGUCACUUAAAUUAUUUGGUCCUUCUG